AUGUCUGAAUAAGAGUAUUUGUUCGAUUCAUAUAAUCAACAUAAUUGGAAUUCUUAUGAUUUUGAUUUGGAAUGCUAAGACUCUGAGAGAUAACAAAUAGAUAGAAUAAAAGAAAAGUGUAAUAUGAAUUUAUUAAAACGACAACUUGUUUGUUUGUUUGGUUUUCCUUCCAUAUAGAUAGAGAGUGGAUAAAUAAUCGCUUAUCUUAAUGGAAUCAUGGAUUAAAAUGAGAAUGAAUAGAAAAGAAUGAUUAGAGUGUUGAUAAGCUUCAUUGGUGAAGUUACUAGCAUUGAAAAUCCUGAAACUAGAUUAGAGACCAUAAGGACAAGAGUUGAAUAAUUCCUGACCAUAAAAGGAAUUAAAAUAGAAUGGAGUAAUAAGGUAUGGGAGUACGAAAUAGAAUCACUUUUUGAAUCCAGAUAUUGCAAUCCCUAUUAUAGUAAAAUUCCGUAUUCUUAGUUUGAAUAUGCUAACUUCUUUGCUUUAUUAGAAAGUCCCAUGCCCAUGUUUCUGAGAAAUCUGAAGCAUCCAUGUUGUUGUCAGGUAUAUGAUGCAAAAUCUACAGAAGAUUUUAAAUAAUUAUGUAACAUCACUGAUUUGAAAAAUGUGAGGAGGAUAAGAAAAUACAUCCAAUCAAUAAUAGAUAAAUUAGAGGAAUUUAGAAUUUUGCUUAUAGAUAUAGAAACAAAGAAUUAUAAUUGUGGACCUGAUAUAAUUAAUAGUUUUAAUCAUCUAUCUGGUGAGCUUGAUAAAAUAAUAAACAUAGAUUUGUAAUUAAUAGAUAGAAGUAGCUUAAAGUAAGAGGAGAAGUUGAAAUUUAAUAAUGAUGUUGAUAAUUAAACUGAAAAGAAUUCAAUUGCUUUAUUAGAAACUAAAACAUCUGCUAACACUUUUACCACUAUUAAUCAAGGUAGCCUGGAUUGUCGAACUAAGAAAUAGAAGAAGAAACAAAAGCAAUAGGAAAAAUAUUAUUUCUCAUCAGCUUUCCUAAAUUAUAUUGAUUCAGAAACUAAUCUUAGUUAAGAAAACAGUCGAAAUUCUGAGCCCAAACUUGAAGAUCAACAAAUUAAAUUUACAAUAGAUACAGAAAUUCAUAAUUAAUUACAUAUUGCAUGUACUUCAGUAUAAGAUAUACUUAAGAAAAUUGACAUUUACGAAAAGCAACUCCAAAGUUUGUAAUUACUUGGAUUUCCAUGUCCAAAAUUAGAUAAAUCUCAUUUAAAAUAUAUUCUAUCUAAUUUUCGUGAAUGCUAUACAAAUAAAUAAAUUUUAAUUGAAUGGAUUGUUUCAAACAUUUGGGAAUCAUAGACGGUUAGAGAAGAUGAAACUAAAUGUAUUGAUGAUGUGAGAUAACAAGCCUUAGAAUAUUUCUAAUCCAUUAAAGUAGAUAAGGAUGAUUUCGAAUAAAUCUUAAAUAACUGCUAUGAAAAAUAAGCCUCUUUGCCAUUUAAUAAGUACUUUGAAAUAGGAACUUUUUCUCUUCAAAAGUUGUCUCAAAUAGUAAAUCGUAAAUUUCCAGAAUCUUUCGAACUUAGCAAUUGUCUGGCAAGUAGAGUAGUGUUUAAAUCUAAAAUAUUUUAACCUUUGGAGAAACCAAGUAAAAUAAAAGAAAUCAAAAACAUCAGAACAAUUAGGAACUAUAUUAAAGAUGUAUAUUAAAGUUUAGAGAAGUUGAUUGAAUUCAAAAAUAAGAUAAAUAAAAAUAUCAAUUGUAGACCACAACAUCAAUAAUUAAUUAGAGAAUUCAAAAUAUUGUAUUCCCAUCAUCAUUGCAAGAUCGUGAAUAAAUAACUAAAAUAAAAAGGCUGUUCCACUCUGCAGCAAGUUGACAAGGUAUAGGAGGGCAAAAAUUGCAUCAUAAUUGAAGACAAAGACUAGCUUGAUGGGUAUUUUAAUUGCUAGGAGAAAAAGAGCUCCGAUGUUAUCGAAAUAGAAGAGUAUUCUAUAGGACAAAAAGCUGAGUUACCAAAGUUAGAGGAAGAUGUAAUUUAAGAGGACUUAAGUUGUGUAAAGAAGAAGAGUGAGAUAAAUUUAAAAUUAGAAGCAGUGAUUGAGGUUGAAUAACCAAAAUUAGAAUAUGAAAAGGAAUUAGAGUAUGAAAAAGAAUAGUAUAUUUUAUGUAACGAAAUCAUUUCUCCUGUUUAAAGAAAUCUUUUUCAAGACAAUCAAUCGCCCAAUAUAUUUCAUUCUCCUCGUUUUGAUUAUUGCUCCCCUUUGGCAAAAUAAUUUUUUGGUUAAUUAGAAUUUGAUUAAUACGAGAUUGAAUCCCCUGAUAGAUAGUGUUUAUAAUUUCAACCUCCUCAAAACUUCAAUUGA